GCUCCAGAACUCACUAAAGAUAUAGAAAUUGAAGAGACUAGAGACUUACAAUCUGAAAUUAGUUUACCUUUGGAAUUAUCAUCUCAAAAAUCAGACCUAACAAAACAUGUAAUGCAUAAACCUACAGCUGAUAAAGAACAUAUUAUUAAAAAGCUUAAAGAAUAUAAAGAUUCUACUAUAUUGCUCAGUAAAGUUCUUGAUAAGCUAGUUGAAAAUUGUUAUCACAUACUAAUUAUUGGACAUAAAAACAAAUUUGGAAUUGAUGGUAUACCAGAUAUUGAAGACAUAUAUAAAGUUAUUUAA